AUAGUUUCUCAUAGCUAUUCGACUCCAGCGCGUUACGGUUGUAGCUCGAGUCUGGCUCACUCGCAGUCGCGGCAUCGUGUUUUUUUGUUCCCGCGAGUAAGGUUUUUUUGCGAGUCAAUUCGAAAAUGGCCGCUGUACUCGACGAAGUCGGCAAGUCCGCGGAAAAGCUCGUUGACGAGGAGAAAGACGAAAUCAUCGACGACGCUGAUCAGGCUGGCCUAGAAGCGUCCAAGAAGAAGAAAAAGAAAAAGAAGAAGAAGAAGGCCGAUUCUGGAGAAGCAAGCGCAGAUGUUCCAGAAGGUGAAGAUGAAAAAUCUAAGAAUGACAAAAUUGACGAAGGUGUCGGUGAAAAUGGAACAGAAGAUGCAGCUGAAAAUGAUGAUAAAUCUGAAGAGAAGAAAAAGAAAAAGCGCAAGAAUAAGGGGAAAGGAGCAAAUAAGGAUCCAAUAGCUUUCCCAGUUGUAACCUUGUAUCCAGAUGGUAAUUUUCCUAUCGGUGAAAUAAUGGAACAUCCUGCAGCUCAUGGCAUUGACGAGAGCAAAGCCAAACACAGGUUUACAAGUGAAGAAGCAAGAGCUCUGGAUCGCUCUCAGAAUGAUAUGUACAAUGAAGCUAGAUUGGCUGCUGAAGCUCACAGACGUACUAGGAAGCAUAUUAAGAAUUGGAUAAAACCAGGCAUGACCAUGAUUGAGAUUUGCGAAGAAUUAGAAACUGUUGCCAGGAGACUCAUUGGUGAAAAUGGUCUUAAAGCUGGUUUAGCCUUUCCAACUGGAUGUUCUAGAAAUAACUGUGCAGCACAUUAUACACCAAAUGCUGGUGAUAAAACUGUUCUUGAAUAUGAUGAUGUGACAAAGAUUGACUUUGGCACUCAUAUUAAUGGACGUAUCAUUGAUUGUGCAUUUACCCUUGCAUUUAAUCCAAAGUAUGAUAAACUCAUUGAAGCUGUUCGUGAAGCUACGAAUACUGGUAUUAAAGCAGCUGGAAUAGAUGUUCAGUUAUGUGAUGUUGGAGCUGCCAUUCAGGAGGUCAUGGAAUCUUAUGAAGUUGAAAUUGAUGGAAAAACUUAUCAGGUAAAAUCUAUUAGGAACCUAAAUGGUCACUCCAUAGCACCUUAUCGAAUCCAUGCUGGAAAAACUGUGCCAAUUGUUAAAGGUGGAGAAGCUACAAGGAUGGAAGAGAAUGAAUUUUAUGCUAUUGAAACUUUUGGAUCUACUGGAAAGGGCAUGGUUCAUGAUGAUUAUGAUUGUUCUCAUUAUAUGAAGACUUUUGAUUCUGGCUUUGUUCCAUUGAGGUUACAGAGUAGUAAAUCACUUCUCAAUACAAUCAACAAACAGUUUGGUACACUAGCGUUUUGUAAACGUUGGUUAGAUCGUGCCGGCUGUACCAAAUAUCAAAUGGCUUUGAAAGAUCUCUGUGAUAAGGGUGCAAUUGAAGCUUACCCACCACUGGUUGACGUCAAAGGAUCCUAUACUGCUCAGUUCGAGCACACGAUCGUAUUGCGACCCACGUGUAAGGAAGUCAUUUCGCGUGGCGACGACUAUUAA